AUGGGCACCGAUAGGAGUUGUCCUAGAUGUGCUGGCACAGCGAAGAACAACAAACUCUUUAAUGGAAAAGUCGUAUCUCCGAUUGACACUCUCCAGCACGCGUCUCUUGAGGCAGAAUGUUGGAGGAAAGCUAACGAAAACGAGGGAGCAAACGAGGAUUAUAACAACCCUCCUACUACAGAGGUUGAGACAGUGUUCCGUCGGAUACCUCGAAUCACAACCUGUCAAAUUGAUGCAUCAUGGAUCAUCGAUAAUGGCAGUGUUAGUGGUUUUGGGUGGAGUCUUAAGGAUCAAAUAGGUUUUGAAUAUUUUGGAAUACAUGCGUGCAGCAGGAGUCUCUCAGCUUUGAAUCCUGAGAUAGAAAGUUUACUUUGGGCAGCCUCAUGUAUGAGAGAUAUGAGGAUAACCUCGAUACGGUUCGAGACGGACUGUUCGGACCUAAUAGACAUGACUAGAAACCCAACAUUCACGACAAAGAUCAAGGUGUUCUAG